AUGAAGGCUCUCUUUUUUGUCCUGUUGGUCACCUACUUGGCCCUGCAGCCAGGUGCCGCCCUGCAGUGCUACUCCUGCACCGCGCAGGUGAGCAACACUGACUGCCUGAACGUGCAGAACUGCAGCCAGAGCGAGAACAGCUGCUGGACAUCACGCGUCCGGGCCAUUGGACUUGUGACAGUUAUCAGUAAGGGCUGCAGCUCAAACUGUAUGGACGACACGGAGAACUACUACGUGGGCAAGAAGAACAUCACGUGCUGCUACUCCGACCUGUGCAACGUCAGUGGGGCCCACGCCCUGAAGCCAGCCGCCACCACCCUGGGGCUGCUCACUGUGCUCUGCGGCCUGUGGCUGUGGGGCUCCAGCCAUCUAUAG